CCAUGCCAUUUUAUUAUUUUUUUUUCCUCUAAUUAAAGAUCACUGCUGCGCCUGCUCCUCUCUCCCUCUCUCUCUACAUUCCUGAGUAGUCACGGACUGUUUCCUUUUAGCUGCAUCUUUUAGGGAGAGACUGACCCAAAAAUGGUGAUGUGGGUAUUUGGGUAUGGGUCUCUCAUAUGGAAAGCAGGCUUUAACUACGAUGAUCGUGUUGUUGGUUUCAUCAAAGGCUAUCGCCGUGUCUUCUACCAAGGUAGCACUGACCAUAGAGGGACUCCGGAGUAUCCUGGUAGAGCUGUCACUUUAGAACCUGCUGAUGGAGAAGUUUGUUGGGGAGUUGCGUACAAGAUCUCCAAAAAGGAAGAUGAAGAAACUGCAAUAACGUAUUUGGAAGUGAGGGAGAAGCAGUAUGACCAGAAGGCUUAUCUUGAUUUCUUCACUGACCCUGCAGCCACAACUCCAGCCAUUUCAGGAGUAAUGGUAUAUGUAGCAUCGUCAGAUAAGAAGCAUAACCAAAAUUACUUGGGACCUGCACCUCUUAAAGACAUAGCCAAACAAAUCGUUCAUGCUAAAGGCCCUUCAGGACCCAACAGAGACUACCUUUUCAAUCUUGAAAUGGCCCUUAUUCAAAUUGGAGUUAAGGACAAACAUGUUAUGGAUCUUGCAAAUGAAGUGAGGCAAAUUCUUUCAGAGAUGGAGCAGCAGGAGCUGACUUCAUAAUGCCAUAAAUGACUGACAAUUAGACAAAGAUUCUUAGAUAUAUUUUUUUUGGCUUGAAAUUUAACAGGCAUAAAGAAAUUAUGUGCUUAGAACUUGUUAUUUCCAUGAAAAGAGAUACAUUAUUGUACUUAAUUAUUUUGAUUUCAGUUGAAUUGAAGAACUUUUUUCUCAUUAAUAAAUAUGAAUAGCCCUAUUUCUAGAAUCA